AUGGCGCGGUACGUCGUCGCCGCUGCCGCGCUCGCGUCGACGGCGGCGUUCCAGCCCGCGCGGCCGCGCCUGGCGCCGCCCAUGCAGAUGGUCGCGGAAGACGGCCUGCGGCUCAGAUCCAUCGCGCCCGAGCGAGCGACGGAGCCCCUCGUCGACGAAGCGCUCGUCGAGGAGGCGCUGCGGAGCGAGAUCGCCGACUUCGUCGAGGAGGCGCUGGGCGUCGACGAGGACGCGCUCGUCGUCGACGGCGGCGCGGCCGUCGCGCCGAUCGUCGUCGAGAUGGACCUGGCCAAGGCCACGGUCGACGCGUCCGAGGGCCUCGCGGGCCUCGGCGGCGACGCCAUCGCCGCGGUCUUCGGCGACACGGUGCGGCGGCGGCUCUGGACCAAGGCGGAUUUCAUGCACGCGCACGCGGCGUCGGGCGCGUACUUCCUCGUCGGCGCGCCGCUCUGGCUGCUCUACUCGCACGCGACGGCGGCGGGCCACCUCGACGCCGUGGCGACGUGGCGCUUCGACGGGCCGCUGGAGACGUCGCUGCUCGUCGCGGGCGUCGCGAACGCGCUGACGGCGAUCCCGAUGGCGCGGUUCUCGUCGAACAAGAUGUUCGACGUGACGGACCUCAAGGCCAACGGCUUCACCUUCGGGGGCGCGGGGCUCACGCUGAUGUCCAUCUGGAUCGCCGCCUGGUUCUCGGGGGGCUACCCGGCGGCGCUGCUGCCCGCGGGGCCCGCGUUCUUCCUGCUCUGGGCGUCGGUCUGCGCGGGGACGACGCUCAACUGGGAGAUCAUGCUCCAGCAGAACUUCGAGGCCGCCGAGGAGGCGAACAAGGAAAUGGCGACCAGGGGCGGGCGCAAGACGGACCUGGAGCGCAAGUUCAAGACCGCGACGCCCGAGGAGCUCAACGAGAAGGCGAUCUUGUAUCGCCUCGCGUCGUGGCCGAACCUCACGCAGCUCCUCUUCCUCUACAGCCUCUGCCUCCCCGACGCCGCCAUGUGGUGGGCCGGCGUCGUCGAGCGCUACCCGAACCAGGGCGUCCUGGGCUACCACUACGGCUUCGCGUCCGCCGUCGGCUACGCGCUCUCCAUGUUCUCCGAGACGCUCCGCGACCGCAAGCUCGUGUCGCUCCGCGUGGACCUCAUCAUCCUCGUCGUCGGCGUCUUCCUCCCCAUGGUCUCCGUCGGCCUCGACGGCGUCCUCCUCGGCGACACGGUCACGGUCAACCCCCUCGACUACUGGCGCCAGUUCCACGACGUCCUGCCGCCGAGCCAGAUCGCCGAGGUCCUCGGCGAGGUCGUCCCGCCGCCGAGCCAGAUCGCCGAGGUCGUGCUCGGGGAGGCGCUGUAA